AAUGCAGCCCCGAGUACCCGCGGAAGUUGGUUUGCGUAGAAGCGACAGGAUGUUGGUGUUUUGCGUGAAAUAGAGAGAAACGCCGUCGACUUUUGGUUUUAUUUCCCCCGGACAUUUUCCCACAGCGGUGCAGAAGCAGCUGGACGGUGAGAAGAAGCGCUGCAGAUGACAUUCCACUCAAAAUCGACAUGCUGGAGUGUGGCAUGCUGGAGCGGGACAGACGGACUCUGCAGAGACGAUCUGCGGUUCUCUGCAAACAGCUGGUGGUGGAUGAGAUGCUCGUUCAGUUACUGCAGGCAGACGACAUCCUGACCGAGAACAUGGCCGAGGACAUCAUGGCUAAGAAGACUUCUGUUCAACGAAGCUGGCAAUUGCUACUACUUUUACCAAAGCGUGGACCCAGAGCCUUUAGCCUCUUCUGUGCAGCUCUGCAAGAAACUGAGCAGCAGCAUCUGUGCGAACUGCUCACACAAUCACCAGAAAAAGAUGGCAAAGAGACACACAAAGAGAGUAUUCAGCCUGAGGAAGAACCAGAGGGAAAGACAGAGCAGCGGGUUGUACAGUCAAAAGAAAAGAAGAGAGAGAGGCUUUCAGACUCUUCUUUCCCACAUCCCACCCAGGAGGUUAUUGCAGCCAAAAGAGCAAGGACACAUGAGUCCAUGGAGUUUAGUCUGGAUGCAGACAGUCCCAUCAACACGCCUGUGCUCCCCUGCACGCCUGACUUUUACCUCUCUCGUUGCCAGCAGUCAUACAGAAUGUCUUCGUCCCCUCGUGGUUUCGCCUUGGUGAUCAGUAAUGUGACCUUUGACCCAUGUGCUGCUGCUGAACUUGACACCAGGAAGGGAGGGGAAGUUGAUGACGAGGUCCUCAGGAAGGUCUUCACAGAGCUGGACUACAUGGUUACUGUCCACAGAGACCUCACUGCUCAGGACAUGAGGUCGUGCAUUGUGAAUUUCUGCCAACGACCAGACCACCGGACAGUGGACAGCUGCGUGGUGUGUGUGCUGUCCCAUGGAGUGGAAGGAGCUGUGUAUGGUACAGACGGACAGCUCCUGCAGCUGGACUGGAUGUUUGAGGCCUUUGAUAAUUCACACUGUCCACUGCUACAAAAUAAACCCAAGAUGUUCUUCGUCCAGGCCUGCAGGGGAGACGAGAUGGACUGUGGAGUGGAGCAGAUAGACGGACCAACGAGGACGUACUCACCGAGCUGUGAACAGCGGGAUGCUGGGAGGGAAGGACAGGGGGAUGCAGCCUCCAGACAGAGAGGAGACAUGGGGAGGCCCAGGAUUAAACUGCCACAGCGGUCUGAUAUGAUCUGUGGUUUCGCAUCUCUCAAAGGUCAGACAAUUAGCACAGCCGCCAUGCGAAACACCAAGAGAGGAUCCUGGUUCAUCCAGGAAAUAAACGCAACACUCCGGCUCCAUGCCAGAGACACACACCUCGCCGACAUUCUGGUGCAGGUCAACGGGCGUAUCAAGGAGCGGGAGGGUUACGCCCCGGGUACUGCCCACCACCGCUGCAAAGAGAUGUCAGAGUUCACCAGCUCCUUGUGCAAAGACCUCUACCUGUUCCCCAAGUACCAGCCCUAGUAUCGAUCACAUGCACUUAUGAACAUACUGCGAUCAACACACACAGACCAUUCCAUGAAAUAACGGCACACAACUGUGACAGACACACACACACACACCCUGUUACAACCAAACAGGAUUUAUUCAUUCAUAAUUUCUUUGUAAAUACUGCCUACGCACAUACACGCACACACCAACACACAAAUGUUGGAAAGGAAUCAGGAGCUCAUGUUUAAGCUGUAUGUAUUUGGAACUGAGCAACAUAUUAGCAUAUAACUAACUUGUUUAUCUGUGUGUCUGUGUCUAUGCCAGUUAGUGGGUUUAGAUUUUAAUCCUUUUAAUCAAAGACAAAUGUAUUUUUUGUUUUCUCACUGCACAGCUACUUUCAGGUUUCGCAAGUCUCUCUUUUUAAACUGUAUUUUAUACACAGAUCUAUUUUUGUGGCUUUAUUUUGUAUGAGAUUGUUUUUAUAAGAAUUUUAAAUCCCAAUAUGUUUUAUUUGUACACGUUUGUGAAAAGUUGUGACCAAAUCUUGUUUUCAGUGUAGUGACAGACAGGGGGCAGCACAGCAGAGAGAAAUACAUGCCAUCGUCUCUCUCUGAUCAAUAUUAUUUAUAUGUGCUACAGUUCAGAACGACCUUUACUGUUGUGCUUAUUUUAGCCACAGUCAGCUGCAGCAAUGAUAAAACUGUAACGUCACGGCUGUUCCCGCUUUUUAUCUCACAUAGUUUGAAUUAUGAAGAGGAAAACUCCUACAAGGCAGCUUCAGGGCAACAUCUCAAAGUGUUUCGAUCCCUUUUUCCGGAUGUUCAAUAAGAACCUUUUGUUUUUAAGCUCAAAUGUCAUGAAGGCAACCACUGCAAAUGUCUCUUUAUAUCAUCUGUGUUACUGUGGAUCUGUCAGCGGAAUGUGGUGCUACUUGUGGGGUCUUGCACCUUCUGUAUGAACUCUGACCUUUACGCUGUCUGACUCCUAAUGGUGUCUCCCUGUGCGAGUUUGUGCUGGACACUUAGCCCCCCCCCCCAUACCACAUUUUGGUGUUAUAGUACUUUAAAGAAACAUGUAUUUCUUAUGUCUUCCAUAAAAAAAGUAGCAGUCUUCUAUUGCCGCAUGUGCCAUGUGAGGAUAAAUUUAUACAUUUACCACGGUGAUGCUUUCACAGUAUAUUGUAUCACUUAGGCACCCCCGCACAGGGAGGAAAUCUAUUUCUCAAGGCUGCUUGAGCAUUGAUGUUUCCCAGAAAAGACCUGAGCAGGCAAAGUGUGUUUAGUUACAACAGUGUUGUAGAGAAGAAAACAGAAUAUAUGGUUGAACAGUAUUGAUCUGUAAGUAUCUGUAAACAAAGACGCCUUUUAACUCUGUGAGGUAGAGUUUACCCUGAUCUGUGAUAUCCUCACUCCUCGUUUCUUAUAAUUAGGAAUGCAAUUUAAAAAACCAAAACAUUGGAGUAGUAUAAAAGGGUAACCCUCCUGCAGAGUGAGACGUUUUCUGAAGGUUGAGAUUUGCUGCCAAGUGCUGCUGGCGUGUCAGUGCGGGGGGGCCAGGAGAAGUUUUUAUUUCUGUCAACACCAGUGACUGCCAAAUGUCCUAUACAAUAAACAGGCCACGGCUUUUAAACCAGA